AUGAUUACCUCCCCAUCCUCGCUACCUCCCUGCUCUCUCUCUCUCUCAAUUUUUUUUCUUAUCUCACUUGUAUUAUUUUCCUCAAUCUAUUACUUUUUCCCCUUCACGUCACGCGACUCGCUUCCUCUUCUUGUCUCCUUUCUUUCUUUCUUUCUUUCUUUCUUUCUUUCUUUCUUUCUUUCUUUCUCUUUAUUUUUUAUAUUUUUAUUAAUAAUUCUAUUGUUUUUUUAUUGUGUAACAUUUUUCUUUCGUUUCGACCUUUCUUCUUCUUUUGAAUUUUUCUUUUACUUUAUUUUUAUUUUUUUAUUAAUUCUGUUAUACUUUUUUUCUUGCCUAAUUUUUCUUUCUUUCGUUCUUUUCUUUUUUUCUUUCUUUUUUUCUUUUCCUAUAAAUAAUUCUGUUAUCUUUUUUCAUUGUGCAACUUUUUUCGUUUCGUCCUUUCCUCUUCUUUAG